AUGGACCGGGACCGGACAGGAUCGACACCGGGACCGGACAGGAUCGACACCGGGACAGCGGGACGUAGAGCGGAUCAACAAGUGGUACCGGACUCACUGGAGCCUCCGUUACACCAACACCCCGUUAUGACUAAACACGAAACAACUAAACUAACGAGCAAAAAGCCUGCCUACGACAAAUAUCACAACCGAAUAUCACAAAAGCGGUGGCAAGCGAAGCUUAGUGGACGGCGGCGGCUUACG